AGCUUGUCCACCCAAAUGUUUCACUCACUUGUCUUCACCCUUCUAAGAGAGACGUGCUCGACCGAAGAUUCCAACUUCGUGAGACGAUUUCCGGCGACGUUCUGCACGGUGGAAACCUGAUCGGAAUACUUCUUUGCCGCCGCGGAAAUGGGUUGCUGCACCUACAAGUACUACUUCUUGUGGUUGACAUGCUUGGCUUAUCUUGUUCUUGUUCAAGGUAGUGAGAAGAAGCACCAUUUUAAUGGACCUGUUGUUAACGUGACGAAGCAUCUCAAUUUCCAAGAUUUUAACUUUGUCAAAAACCCCAGAGUUUUGGAAGAUGUAAGGCUCCUAGGCAGUGCCAAAAUCUCAAGCUCAUCGUCAGCCAUACAAAUCCCCGAUGAUCAUGAUCAGUACUCCGACGUCAACGGCGGCGAUGAUAUCCAUCAUCUAAGACAGCAAGCAGGCCGAGCCCUCUACUCCUCUCCCAUCCGACUCCUCGACCCUCACACUCAGUCUCCUGCUUCUUUUCAAACAACAUUUUCUUUCCAAUUCCACAACGGUUCUAAUUUAAACGCUUCUGAUCAUGGUGGUAGUGGCCUCACCUUCAUCAUUGUCCCUGACGAGUUCACUGUCGGAAGGCCUGGCCCGUGGCUCGCCAUGCUUAACGACGCUUGCGAGGAUGAUUACAAGGCGGUUGCAGUCGAGUUUGACACCCGCCUCAACCCUGAAUUCGGAGACCCGAAUGACAACCAUGUUGGAAUCAACUUGGGAACAAUUGUCUCCACCGAAACAAUCAACGCAUCCGACGUUGGUGUAUUUCUCAACGACGGCUCAGUCCACCGAGCGUGGAUUAGCUACGAUGGUCCGAACCGUUGGAUGGAAAUUCGUUUAGGAUCAGAAGACAGUACUAAUCACCCGCCACGAAAACCAAUCUUCUCUGGCCCUCUGGAUCUCUCACCAUUUCUCAAUGAGUACAUGUUUGUCGGAUUCUCUGCUUCAACGGGAAACCACACGCAAAUCCACAGCGUCCUCUCGUGGAACUUCACCUCCACUAGUCAAGCUUUUCUCUGGAUGCCGUCGAUGGAAGCGUGCGAGAGUAACAUAAUUGUGACUGGCAGAGGAAGUAGUGCCGCGAGCGCUGAGCCUCGCGGGACUUUCUUAAUCUUCAUUGCUGUGGUGGUUUUGGCUCUGGCUGUGGUGGUUAGUCUGUACUAUAGCGGCAGGCGCAAAACCACCGGAAUAUCAGACACUCCCGUUGUGUUGCCGGAGAAGACGCAGAGACCGAGGCCUCCGAACAAGCCUCGAUACUUCACAAUCUCCGAAAUUUCCUUGGCUACUCAGUCCUUCAGCGAGUACGAAAUUCUUGGUAGCGGCGAAAGAGGCGUGUACUAUAGAGGGAAGCUUUUGAAUGGUUGUCAAGUGGCUGUGAAGCGGUUUUCUUCUCUGUUUUUGAGCUCGGAAGGGCUAGAUAGGCGGAGACUUUUCAAGGAAAUAAAGGGGAUUAGCCGGGUUAGGCAUCCGAAUCUGGUUCCAAUCAGAGGGUGGUGUCAAGACAAGAAGGAAACCAUGGUUGUGUAUGAGUUUUUCCCCAAUGGAAGCCUUGAUAAAUGGUUGUUUGGGGUGGGGGUCCUUCCGUGGACGCGGCGGUUCAAGGUUGUGAAAGAUGUGGCUGACGCCCUCAGUUUCCUGCACUCCAAGCAAUUAUCCCACAAGAACUUGAAGACAACUAGUGUCUUUCUUGACGUCAGUUUCCGGGCUGUUUUAGGCGAUUUCGGGUUUGUGCUAAGUGGUGCAGAAUCAAGAAGGUUUGAGUCCGCAGUGAGCCAAAGUGCGGAUGUUUUCGAGUUUGGUCUGUUUGUGUUGGAAGUGGUCGGUGGGAGGCCGCGAUUGGAGGCGGAUUCGGGGCCAUUGGAGGAGAGGGAUCUGUUGGAUUUUGCAUGGAGAAUGCAUGAGAUUGAUGAGAUGGUGAGGGUAGUGGAUAAGAGGAUGGGCACUGUGAUAAAUUUGGAGCAAGCAAUUAGGGUUAUGCAAAUAGGGUUGCUCUGCACUCUGAAUGCGACCAAAGGUAGGCCUUGCAUGGAGGAAGUGGUGGAGUUUCUUUGCAUGGAGAGACAAAUCCCCGAGUUGCCGCCGAGUCGGCCGGUUUCUCUCUUCCCUUACAGCAGCACCGGCGCCCUUUGCACUGGUUAUUCCUGUGCUUCUUUCAAAUGAAAUUGCAAAUGUGAAACCAAUUAGCAAUAUUAUGUGCUUCAUUCAUAUAUGUAGUCAAUAUGUUUUGUAAGGCACACACAAUUGCAAUUGGCGCAAAAUCGAGCACAUUAAUGUUCUAGGAUUCAUACAGCCGACUGUAUUUAGUGGAAUAAAACUUGGUUGUUGUUAUUAUAA